CUUCCUCCCCAGCCCCUCCGUCGCCUCCCUCCGCCGCCGCCCCGGGCCGGCUCCGCGCCCCCUCCCCGGCCCCCGCCCGUCCCGAUGGCUCCCCGGGUUCCUCUUGCACGGGGCCACUAGGACCCUUGGCGUCCUCUCCCUUCCCCCGCCCUGCCCUCUCCCUUCGCUCGCCCUGCGAGGACUCCGGCGUCCAGGGCGCCCAGCUUUAGAGCUCGCGUCCCCAGGUCGGCUGGGGGGGGAGGGGAAGAGAGGGGACCCCGCGAUCCCCACCCCCCCCCACCCGGCUACCCCUCUGCCUCCCUCCUUGGACUUCGGAGAAGAUGUCUUCGAGGACGGCCCUGGCCCCGGGCAACGAUAGGAACUCGGACACGCAUGGCACCUUGGGCAGCGGCCGAUCUUCAGAUAAAGGGCCAUCCUGGUCCAGUCGCUCCCUGGGUGCCCGCUGUCGCAACUCCAUCGCCUCCUGCCCUGAGGAGCAGCCCCACGUGGGUAACUACCGCCUAUUGAGGACCAUUGGGAAGGGCAACUUCGCCAAAGUCAAGCUGGCCCGGCACAUCCUCACUGGCCGGGAGGUCGCCAUCAAAAUCAUUGAUAAAACACAGCUCAACCCUACCAGCCUGCAGAAGCUGUUCCGAGAAGUUCGCAUCAUGAAAGGGCUCAAUCACCCCAACAUCGUGAAGCUUUUCGAGGUGAUAGAGACUGAGAAGACGCUGUACCUGGUGAUGGAAUAUGCAAGUGCAGGUGAAGUGUUUGACUACCUCGUGUCGCAUGGCCGCAUGAAAGAGAAGGAGGCUCGAGCCAAGUUCCGACAGAUCGUGUCAGCUGUGCAUUAUUGUCACCAGAAGAACAUUGUUCACAGGGAUCUGAAGGCUGAGAACCUGUUGCUGGAUGCUGAGGCCAACAUCAAAAUCGCCGACUUUGGCUUCAGCAAUGAGUUCACGCUGGGUUCCAAGCUGGACACAUUCUGUGGGAGCCCCCCAUACGCCGCCCCAGAACUGUUCCAGGGCAAGAAGUAUGACGGGCCAGAAGUGGACAUCUGGAGUCUCGGUGUCAUCCUGUACACACUGGUCAGCGGCUCCCUUCCCUUCGAUGGACACAAUCUCAAGGAGCUUCGAGAGCGAGUUCUCAGGGGAAAGUACCGAGUCCCCUUCUACAUGUCCACAGACUGUGAGAGCAUCCUGCGGAGAUUUUUGGUGCUGAACCCAGCUAAACGCUGUACUCUAGAGCAAAUCAUGAAAGAUAAGUGGAUCAAUAUCGGCUAUGAGGGUGAGGAGUUGAAGCCAUACACAGAGCCCGAGGAGGAUUUCGGGGACACCAAGCGAAUCGAGGUGAUGGUGGGUAUGGGCUACACUCGGGAAGAAAUCAAAGAGGCCUUGACCAGCCAAAAGUACAAUGAAGUGACAGCCACCUACCUCCUGCUGGGCAGGAAGACUGAGGAAGGUGGGGACCGGGGUGCCCCAGGGCUGGCCCUGGCACGGGUGCGGGCGCCCAGCGACACCACCAACGGAACAAGUACCAGCAAGAGCAACAGCCACAGCAAAGGGCAGCGGAGCUCUUCCUCCACCUACCACCGCCAGCGACGACACAGUGACUUCUGCGGCCCAUCCCCUGCCCCCCUGCACCCGAAGCGCAGCCCGACCAGCACCGGAGAGACAGAGCUCAAGGAGGAACGAUUGCCAGGCCGCAAGGCGAGCUGCAGUGCGGCGGGCAGCGGGAGUCGUGGGCUGCCCCCCUCUAGCCCCAUGGUCAGCAGUGCCCACAACCCCAACAAGGCAGAGAUCCCCGAGCGACGGAAGGACAGCGCCAGCACCCCGAACAACCUGCCCCCCAGCAUGAUGACCCGCAGGAAUACCUAUGUUUGCACAGAGCGCCCAGGGGCUGAGCGCCCAUCCUUGUUGCCAAAUGGCAAAGAAAACAGCUCGGGUACCCCGCGGGUGCCUCCCGCCUCCCCCUCCAGUCACAGCCUGGCUCCCCCAUCAGGGGAGCGGAGCCGCCUGGCACGGGGCUCCACCAUCCGUAGCACCUUCCACGGGGGCCAGGUUCGAGACCGGAGGGCAGGAGGCGGGAGUGGCGGGGGCGUGCAGAAUGGACCCCCUGCCUCACCCACACUGGCUCAUGAGGCCACACCCCUGCCCUCUGGGCGACCUCGCCCCACCACCAACCUCUUCACCAAGCUGACCUCCAAACUGACCAGAAGGGUCACAGACGAACCUGAGAGAAUCGGGAGACCUGAGGUCACAAGUUGCCAUCUACCUUGGGAUAAAACGGAAACCGCCCCCCGGCUGCUCCGAUUCCCCUGGAGUGUGAAGCUGACCAGCUCGCGUCCUCCUGAGGCCCUGAUGGCAGCUCUGCAACAGGCUACGGUGGCCGCACGCUGUCGUUGUCGCCAGCCACAGCCGUUCCUGCUGGCCUGCCUGCACGGGGGUGCUGGUGGGCCCGAGCCCCUAUCCCAUUUUGAAGUAGAGGUGUGCCAGCUGCCCCGGCCGGGCCUCAGGGGUGUUCUCUUCCGCCGUGUGGCGGGCACUGCCCUGGCCUUCCGCACCCUCGUCACCCGCAUCUCUAACGACCUCGAGCUCUGAGCCACCACGGCCCCCGGUCCUUCCUCUUCCUCUCCCUGGGCUCUUUUGCUCCCAGGAGGGGACAGGGGGGCCCUCUCCACAUCACCUCUGUUUCCCUGGAUUAGGUUGGUGGACAGAGACUCUCCCUGUUCCUAUCCGUGGGGACACUUGGCAUGACAGAAAUAAGAGGGCUCAGCAGUGGAGCUGGCACCCUCCUGGGGCCUCUAGUGGAACCUGUACCCCCACCUUGCUGCGCCUCAGGGCACCUGAGGAGACUUGGGGUCGGGGAGGCCAAAGCAGCAAGGGAAACUGAGGAAAUUCUCCCCAACAGCUCAAGAGGCCUUGCACAUUAGCAGGGAGACUGGAGAAAGAACUUAGGGUGCAGGGAGUGAGGGGGGGGUCACAGGCAGAAACCUUCCCCUCCCCACCCUUCAUGCUCGAACCCCUUUCUGCCCCAGGCUGGCGCGGGGCACUUUGUACAAAUCCCUGUAAAUAUUCUUGUCCCUCUGCAGAGGUCUCUUGGGAAGUUGCCGCUGAAGCCUCCGGUUUUUAAGUUAUUGUCCCUUUAGCCCCUCACCUGCAGCCUGUUACCCAAUAAACAGUAGGAGAGUCCCUCCCUUCCGGCCGACCUGGGGUUUUCCUUCCCUGCCCCUGGCCUGCAGGUGAGCCAGGGAGCAGGGACGGGGACCCCGACCUGUGGUUCUGCUUGCUGAGCCUCAGUCUUCUCUGCAGAAUGGGGGCAAUGGGGUUGAAGGGUCAAGGAUGACCGGGAAAGAGGGCAGAACAGAACUUGACCUCUUCUAUGAGGCCCUCGUCCUCUGCCCAACCCCCUUUAGCCACUUGCCCCCCUCUGCCAUUAUACACUGGACUCAAAGCCUACUCCUAUUCCAGUUACACAUACUCAAUAAACAAGGAUUGACUGGUGCCAACUUGAUAGGCCCAGUUCUGGACACGGA